ACGGCAUUUAGAAAGCGGUAGAAACCACAAAUCCUCACCUUACCAGACUUUUGGAUUCAUGCUUCUUUCUUUUCCACCCUGUAGAUCUAUUGAGUCAACAAGCAAAACGCAAAUCAAUCAUUCAAACCCACCCACAAUUCUAUUCCAAAAAAAAUAUUUUCUUUUGUACGAUAAUCCCAGAAGAUAAUGCAAGAAUCUGCAGCUGAACCAGAACAAGAUGAUGCACAAGUAAAGCUCCAGCUCCUUUUCUAUUAUGGCAAACUCUAAGUUCAGUUUCCUCGUCGUCGUCAUUAUCUUUGUCUUCUACACUGCACUUUUAAGAUUUUCACAAGCUAAAUCACUUCCGCUAGCAGUGACACAGAUCAAGCAGCAAAAGCAAGACCAGGACAGAGAGCCAUUUGUGGGUUUUAACAUUGGGACAGACGUUUCCGAUAUCUUGUCAGCAACAGACCUUGUUUCAUUUCUGCAAGUUCAAAAGAUUACCCAUGUCCGAUUAUAUGAUGCAGACCCUGAUAUACUCAAAGCCUUGGCUAAAACCAAGAUACGUGUCAUAAUUAGCGUCCCCAAUAACCAGCUUAUUGCUAUUGGCUCCUCCAAUACCACAGCAGCCUCCUGGAUUGGUCGCAAUGUUGUUGCAUACUAUCCUGAAACUCUAAUCACUGCAAUUGCUGUUGGUGACGAGGUGUUGACGACUGUGCCCUCUUCAGCUCCUCUGCUUAUGCCUGCUAUAGAGUCACUUUAUAGUGCUUUAGUUGCUUCAAAUUUGCAUACCCAGAUUAAGAUUUCAACUCCACAUGCAGCUUCUAUAAUUCUUGAUCCAUUUCCACCAUCACAAUCGUUCUUUAAUCAGAGUUGGAGCUCAGUUAUGCUUCCUUUGCUUGAAUUUUUGUCAACAACUGGGUCUCCAUUGAUGAUGAAUCUUUACCCUUACUAUGUUUUUAUGCAAAACAAAGGAGUGGUGCCCCUUGAUAAUUCUUUGUUCAAGCCCUUGACACCAUCUAAAGAAAUGGUUGAUCCUAAUACUCUGUUGCAUUAUACUAAUGUGCUUGAUGCUAUGAUUGAUGCUGCAUAUUUUUCUAUGAAGAAUUUGAAUAUUACUGAUGUUGUGGUUCUUGUCACUGAAACUGGAUGGCCUUCAAAGGGUGAUUCAAAAGAGCCCUAUGCUACCAUUGACAAUGCAGACACCUACAAUUCUAAUCUGAUUAAGCAUGUUCUUGAUCAUAGUGGAACUCCUUUUCAUCCAGAAGUCACUUCCAGUGUGUAUAUAUAUGAAUUAUUCAAUGAGGACUUGAGGUCACCACCAGUAUCAGAAGCAAAUUGGGGAUUGUUCUAUGGGAAUUCCACACCAGUUUAUUUGCUUCAUGUUUAUGGAAGUGGGACUUUUUUGGCUAUUGAUACAACGAACCAAACAUAUUGCAUUGCAAUGGAUGGUGUUGAUUCAAGGACAUUGCAGGCAGCUUUGGAUUGGGCAUGUGGACCAGGAAGGGCUAACUGCAGCGAAAUACAGCCAGGGGAGGCUUGUUACCAGCCCAACAAUGUGAAGAACCAUGCUGCUUAUGCAUUUGAUAGCUAUUACCAAAAAGAAGGGAAGGCUCCUGGGUCUUGUGAUUUCAAGGGUGUGGCCAUGAUCACCACUACUGACCCAAGUCAUGGGAGCUGUAUAUUUCCCGGAAGUAAGAAAAUACGCAAUAAAACAAGAACAGUCACAAACACAACCAUAUCAAGCAGCGCAGCACAUGGUUUAAUUGCAUUCGAUAAGUGUUUAGGAGCUUUCUUGGCUGUUAUUUUAUCUAUUUUGCUACAGAUUCCUUUUGUAGACAAAUUUUGAAUUAUAUUGUUGUUGUUAUUAGUAUUGUUAAGCCUUCAAUUCAUUGAUUAUUAUUAAC